AAGAGGCCGCCGUUGGGGGGCGUGGCGACGCAGGCGCAGUUUUGCGAACGGCGCUCGCAUGCUGGCGGCCGCCGAUUCUCUUCCUGGGGCUACCAUGGCUCAGCCGGGAGCUCUGAACCUAAAUAACGAGGUUGUGAAGAUGAGAAAAGAAGUGAAGAGAAUCCGAGUGUUGGUUAUCCGAAAACUUGUCAGGAGUGUUGGCAGGCUGAAGUCAAAAAAGGGUAGCGAAGAUGCACUCUUGAAAAACCAAAGACGAGCACAGCGAUUGCUUGAAGAAAUCCAUGCCAUGAAAGAAUUGAAACCUGAUGUAGUAACUAAAUCUGCUCUUGGUGAUGAUAUCAACUUUGAAAAAGUCUGCAAAAAGCCAGAUUCUACUGCGACUGAAAGAGCGAUUGCCAGACUAGCAGUGCACCCUCUCCUGAAGAAAAAAAUCGAUGUGCUGAAAGCUGCUGUCCAGGCCUUUAAAGAUGCGAGACAAAAUGUUGCUAAAGUUGAAUCAUCAAAAAACGCUUCUGAAGAAAAGCAUUCUCAGGAUGCUUUGUGUUCAAAAGAUGGUGCAAGUAAGUUACAGCAACAAGGAACCAUCACCAGUGAACAAAAAGAAGAAGCCAGUUCCCUGGCAAAGAAACAAGGAACUAACUCAACAGAAAAAAUAGCCAAGAUGAAACGUGGACCCAAAGCAGUGGACGUUCCCCACUCUCCGUCAAAGCCUCCAGAAAAGGAUUCUUCAGUUCCUCUUGAAUCCCUGAAGACACCUGCCAACCCGAAAACGACAACGUUACAUCCAGCCAAACAGAAGAAAGUGUCUGAAAGCCCGCCUGGUGACACCAGUGAUGGGGAAGAAUCGCAGGAGGAGGAGAAGGAGUAUUUUGACGACAGCACAGAAGAAAGGUUUUACAGACAGUCUUCCCUGUCUGAGGACAGUGACAGUGGUGAUGACUUCUUCAUUGGGAAGGUCCGACGCACACGGAAGAAGGAAGGUAGCAGCCAUGCUCCCGUGAAGGAGCUCAGGCCUGCCCAGAAAGUGUUGCCCAGGGAGGAUACACACGAAGCCCAUGGGGAUAGGAGAAAUGACAAGAACACGCCAAGUGCAGAAGCCAGGAAGUUGGAGUCAGUGUUUUUCCACUCUUUAUCUGGAUCCAAAAGCUCUAGAAGCAGCUACAGAGAACAGGCUCCCAAAAGCAGAACCCCAGAUUUCCCACCAAGCGAACCCCAGAUCAAGAGUCAGUUUAAUAAGAGUGCACACAAAGGACUGGGAAAUACAAAACAGUCACUGCAGCUGCCACUUCAUCCUUCGUGGGAGGCAAGCAGGAGGCGAAAAGAACAGCAGUCGAAAAUCGCUGUGUUUCAGGGGAAAAAAAUUACAUUUGAUGAUUGAUCAGUACCUCUUCUUGUGAACUUUCGUUCUAAAAUUCUUUUUUAACUAGCCUAUUUAAAUGAAUUUUAAUGCCUCUUUGGAGGUAUAUAAUAUAUUUGUCUUUUUCUUUCUUGAAUUAAAAUUAUGUUUCAUAAAUCAGGUGUAUACUUAGAUUAACUUUUAAUAACAUGCCCCAGACUGUUUCCUGUAUAAAAGAAUUUUGGGAUUAUAGUGACUCCAGAUUUUGUCAUUUGUGCUUAUAUGAAGUGUAUGUCACUGGCUUAACUCGUUUUUGGCUUAAAAAUAAAUAUUGGGAUACAUUUAAAAUAAUAUUGGAAAAUAUGAGGAAAUCAGAUCUAUUUAAAAUACAUCACUCUUGUUAAAAGUUAAGAAAACUAAAGUAUGAAUGUGCAAAUAAUAAAUAAUAGGCAUAUUACUUUUAUAUAGUUUUCUAUAACAAUUUGGGAUUUAUUAAUUAUAUUUCUAUUAUUUAGGCAAAUUUUUUAAAUAUUGCAACGUAACCAAUCCAUUUUACUUGUGUAUUUCACUGCUUAGAAAUAUUUCUAUUAAAUCAAGAAUCUAUAAUAUCUAGUUAUUUGACAGUGUACUUAUAACCUUUUUUGAGGAAUUGUAAGGUUAUAAUUUGUAAGAACUUCUGAAAUAGGUAGGACUGAAAGAGUCUCUCUACCAAUGGCUCAGCAGAGAGGUCAUGAGGUGACUCCCUGAGGAGGGGCUACUUUAUACACCAUAGUGCUGCUAUUUAAGCGAAGAACAGGGUUUUGUUUUGUUUUGUUUUUAUUAGACAGGUAGAGUUAUAGACAGUGAGAGAGAUACAGCGAGAAAGGUCUUCCUUCCGUUGGUUUACUCCCCUAAUGACCGCUACAGCUGGCGCUGCGCUGAUCCGAAGCCAGGAGCCGGGUGCUUCCUCCCGGUCUCCCAUGCAGGUGCAGGGGCCCAAGCACUUGGGCCAUCCUCCACUGCACUCCUGGACCACAGCAGAGAGCUGGACUGAAAGAGGGGCAACCGGAACUAGUACCCGGCACCCCAACCGGGACUAGAACCCGGGGUGCCGGCACCGCAGCCGGAGGAUUAGCCAAGUGAGCCAUGGCACUGGCCCGAAGCACAGGGUUUUUAAAAGCCCUUCCAAUUUCAACUUUUUUUUUCCUACUGUAGGAGAAAUGUGAAGGUUCUUGGUUAACUAAGUAAUGCUAACUAAAUAUAAUCUUUUGUGGUGAGCAUUUUCUGCAGCAGUUAGGAUGUCACUUGGACAUCAGAGAACCCAAGUUCAAGUCUUGGCCUUGUUUCUGAUUCCAGCUUUUCGCUCAUGUGCACCCUGGGAGGCAAGAGGUGAUCCCUUAAGUUGUUGGGUCUCUGCCACCCCUGUGAUUCAGAUCCAGGCUCUUAGGCUUUUCCCAGCACCAGCUGUUGUGGACAUUAGGGGAGUGAACCAGUGAACAGAAGAUCUCUAUCUAUGCCUCUCUCGGUCCUGCCUUUCAAAUAAAUAAAAAAUAUAAAUAGAUUAAAACUGUAAAAUAAGUAAAUUUAACAUAUCCUGCAGGUUAAUGGCACAAAAGUCCAUCUGAUUAACCAGGCUUCACAAGUUCUUUAGAGUCAUUUCUAUCUAUUUUAAGAGUUCAAGAAUUUAGGCCAGCACCGUGGUUCAAUAGGCUAAUCCUCUGCCUAGCGGCACCGGCACACCGGGUUCUAGUCCUGGUCAGGGUGCCGGAUUCUGUUCCAGUUGCCCCUCUUCCAGGCCAGCUCUCUGCUGUGGCCAGGGAGUGGAGUGGAGGAUGGCCCAGGUCCUUGGGCCCUGCACCCUAUGGGAGACCAGGAGAAACACCUGGCUCCUGCCUUCGGAUCAGCGCGGUACACCGGCCGUGGCGGCCAUUGGAGGGUGAACCAACACAAAAGGAAGACCUUUCCUCUCUGUCUCUCUCACUGUCCACUGCCUGUCAAAAAAAAAAAAAAAAAAAGGAGUUCAAGAAUUUAGAUAAUUAGAAGAAUGGAGUUCAAGAUACACAAUAGGAAAGCCAUUCUGUGUGUUGAAUGCAAAAUUUUACUUUUUUGUUUUGGUUGAUGUAAUUUCAGACUGACAAAGUGGAAGGAAAUGUUUCUGUGCCUAACAGACCCUGAGGAUGCUGCCCUUCAGACAGAAAAGUCUGCCCAAGCCUUCUUACCCCAACUGCAGGAGGGUUGAUCCAGUUAAAGAGUUAGAAGGAAAGUUAUAUAUCUUGGUUUCUAGGUUUUGGUAUGCAAAGAACGGUUGGACUUGUUUCUGGGAUGCAGUGAAGUUACUUAAUCAGGGUGGUCUUUCACAGCACCAUGGUUUGUUAGCAUGAGUCCAAAACAACCAUUUAGUCGAGGACAGUGGUUCUGAACUUAGGGCAGUUUUGCCCCACAGUGAACAUUUGGCAGCAUCAAGAGUUAUUCUGCAUUGUCACUAGGGGAAACAGAGCUGGCUACACACAGAUACAGGCCCAGGAUACUGCUCUGCUGUCUAGAGUACCACCAAAACCAAAAAUUCCAGCCCCAGAUUAAUAAUACUGAUGUUGAAAACCCCUGGUCUGGGGUUCAGUUGGCCCCAUUACUGAGGCAUUACCAUUGUAAGCAUUCCUCCUGAUAGUUUGUCUACUAGGAAAUCUGUGUGGCUGGUAAAAGCAAUCCAUGUCUGAGUCCGUAAGCGCUUUGUUUUUCUUCCCUGGCCUGGGUAGGUUCUUUAUGUGCAUUGCGGAGAUCAGUCUACCAAACACUCAAGGGGACCCUGUUACACGUUCCAAAGCACAUUCUCUUUUUGUGUUCCUCUCCUUAUUCUCCAGCAUUUUGCCUCACAAAUUAGUCACAUUGAACUGAACUCUGAACUCUUGUCUCUCCAGUUCUGUAAAUCACGUGGGCUUCCUUCCACUCUCAGUGUGGUGCGAAAUCUCUGCAGGCUGUGAACUGAUUGCACUUGUUUGUAUAGCACUCAUUGUUUUCCUUCACUUAGGUAUGGCCUGUUGCCCAUCACUUGAAUACCAUUGUUUAUGUCUUUUGUUCAGUUUUCUGGUUGUUUAAUAUAGAAGGUCAAAUCCACAAUCCCUGUUACUUUACCACGGUCAUAAAUUUUAAGUUUUUCAGUAUUUA